AGCCGAAGUUUGCGACAUUACGAGCACUUUAACAGGCUCCUACCCGAUUGAUUACAAUGUCGUCCACAUCAUCACGGACUGCGGCGGUUGCGACCGUUGCCGCGGUUGCUGCUGGUGUCCUUGCAUACGCAGUUUACUUCGACUACCGCCGCCGCCACAGUCCGGAGUUCAGGAGGCAACUGCGCCGCAGCCAGCGCCAGCAAGCGCGCGCCGAGAAGAGCAAGGCCGAGGCCCAACUCAACGAGCAGAGGCAGGCCAUCAAGGACGCCGUCGAUGAGGCCAAGGAGGAGGGCUUCCCGGGGAGCGCCGAGGAGAAGGAGGCCUAUUUCCUGGAGCAGGUCCAGGCUGGCGAGUUGCUGGGCGCCGACCCUACCAAGGCGAUUGACGCCGCUCUGGCCUUCUACAAGGCGCUCAAGGUGUACCCCACGCCAGGCGACCUGAUCAACAUCUAUGACAAGACAGUAUCCAAGCCCAUUCUGGACAUCCUGGCGGAGAUGAUCGCAUACGAUGGGAGCCUCCGAAUCGGCACAAACUACACCGGGCCCGCGGGUGUCGAUGUGGCCGAACUGAUGCGCGAGAUGGGCGCCGUCCCGGGUGUCGGCCUGGACUAGAACUGAACAAAUAUACCUCAGCUACGGCGCCAGUGAUGCUCACGGAGAACUUACUUCUUGUCUGAUGUCCGGUCUGGCAGGGCCAUUGCUAUCACUCCGCCGAUCUUCCCCGAUAGGGGAACCGCGUGUUUUUGAGCAUCAAGGCGAAUAGGGCAUGGCGCAAUGGGCGGACGUCAGAUGCAUUGUACAAUACAACAUUGUCCCUCUUCUACUAUGGAAGCGGAGGGAUCGAAUGAGCCAGACAGAGGAAGCUAGCUGUACGAGUGGGGAGUACUGUAUACAUAAAGCAUCUGCGCGCAGCAGGUAUCACCCGGGGUACAUUUGGCUUAAUGACAGCAUCAGACGAUUCUUCCAGAGACCAAACAGCAAAUAUGAAUCACAAUUUGCUCUUCCUUACA